AUGCGAGCGGAGAGGGAGAGAUUAAUAGAUGGACAACCAGGUGUACCGCGUGCUGUCCGUCAAUUUCCAUCGAGUCAGCACUUUUCUGUAAUUGAGCAUCUGGAGACAGCUGAGGGCUGUUGGUUGGCUACACCCGAGUCUUAUCGCAAGACUUCUUCAACAGUGGUUGAGGGGAUGAUCGUGUCUCCUCCUUCAAUGGGAACGAACCAGCGGUGGACAGUCCUUAUGGCAGUGGUGCCUUCCUCCAAUGUGCUAUUGAGGUUGCGGACUGCUGACGUCACUGCAGCGCUGCCAUUCAUGGAAGAUAAUGCAAUCAUUUUUGUUGUGGACAGUAGCGCUCCAGAAAGAUUUCCUGAAGUGAUUCGAGUCGUCGAGGAAGUCGUAGAAGACUCCCACAUUGAUUCUUGCCAGCUUUUGCUUGUAGUGAACAGAAAAGCAACUGAGCAUACUGCUAGUUGUCCAUCAAUCGCAUCCCUGCUUGGUUCCCUCCCCCGUUUUGGACAACCAAUCAAGGUUCACUACUGCGAUGCCGCAAAUGGAAGAGGGGUCCCUGAGUUACUUGACUAUCUCGUAGAUUCCUUAGUACCAGGAAGAGAUAACCUUUGA